AUCCUCGUUCCCGCCGCCUCUUCCCCUGGCUCCGCCCUCGGGCCGCUGGGCUUAUUUCUCCGCGCCGAGUGCGGACGCGCCGCAGCUGCCGGCGACAAAGAGGACGCGCGCCCCGGGAGCGCGGCCAGGGAAUGUCCCGAGCACCAGUGGAGUACACAGGACCCCCGAGGCCAUGCUGAUCUCAGCAUCACUCCACCCAGCUCCCAGGAUGCUCUGGACCCUCCUGCUCCUGGCUGCCUCCCUGCGUGCUCAGAAAGAAAGCAGGAAUCGCCACCUCAUACACACCCUCGCGCAUUGGUAGCACGUGGCACUGCCACGUGUUUUGUAUUUGGCUGGGACGACCCCACCUGCACUGAGGGUGUGGUCACUGUGUCCAGGGGCGCAUGCGCCGUGAUGUCCUGCACCAUCUCCCACCCCCUGUCCAACGUCACCGUCUGCCUGAGUGCCCAGGUCCCCGUCUGCCUGAGUGCUGAUGGGAAGAACCAGCCCCUCGUCAGCAGGAAGGUCCCUGGAAGCCCCGCCCAUGGUGGGUGGCAGCUCCGGGUCCACGGAGCCGUGGCACAGCUGGUGAUUGAUGGGGCCCAGGAUGCGCAAGCCGGGGAGUACACGUGGCAUCUGGAAGGCUUCCAGAGAAGCAUUAGGACCACCACACUGAGCGUUUCAGGGGCAGAGGCCCAAGAGCCGGAGAAGAGGAGAGCCCGGCCCUUCUCGCCUUCCCAGGCCCCUCCCUGCCUCCUGCUAAGUGACGUGACCCCCUGCAGACCCGGAGAGGCUGCACCGCCCGCCCGCAGCUGGGAGCCAGCUCGAGGUGGUCCUUGUCAUCAUCCUUGUUGUCACCCUCUCCUUCCUGGUGGCCGGCAUGUUGGCCUGGCACCAAAGGCACAGGUUCCUGAAGUUAUUGACACUCCCGCAGAUGACUUGGUUCUGAGUGAGGAGCAGGGGCCACCAGUGAGGGAGAUCCAGCGCCCAGCCCGACUCACGGCCACUGGCAGGGGCGGCCGCCCCAGGGCCCUUCUCCCCCACCUGGAAGCCGACCCCAGUCUGCUGGCACAGGACUCCUGCUCAGUGCGUGGGGUCCGUCAGCCUGGGGGGUGAGCCCCUGCCCUGCAUGGAGGGUGGCACUGGGGACUCAUGGGCAGGCCCCCCAUGCCAGUCUGUGCUGCCUCAGUCCCCAGUGGCUCUCUCAGCUCCCUCGUCCUGUGGCCAAAGGUGUGGAAAUGUCAAGGACUGGAUCACUUGGCCUAAAAGGACCCUGUCCCUCCUCCGCCCCAUCCCACCCUGCGGCCUGGCUCCUUCUCCCUGGGUGUCCAGCCCCAGGUGCAGGAGGGCACCUGCUGUCCCCUUGGAGACACCCCAGGUCUGGGUGCCCGUUGGCCGUGGGCACGCUCCUCUCUCAGCCUUGAGCCAGAACCAGUUUGGGGCUCCGUCCUGCCCGCAGUCUCAGGGUCUGAAAUGCGCACCCGCCCCCCCACCAGCAGGGGGCACAGCCCAGACGCGCUCUCGGGGGAGGCCAGCAGGUGGCAGCGGGCGGCUGGCCGCUCCUACCCAGGUUCCCCUCCCUGCACCUGCCCCGCCUGCUGGCCCUCCCCACCCCAAACCCAUUCAAGCAGCGCGUCGUCAAAUCAGUUGUGAUUAUGUCAAAUUGUGUAACUCAGUUGGGUGUGAUCUUAAUAGGAAUAAACAGGGUUCUUUCUAAAAGUACUACAUUCAAUGCUUUGAAAACAUCCAUACACUAAUGAGCAAAAUGAACCAAUCAACAAAUCAAAGGAGCUGGGAAAUACACAUUUUUUGAGUGGAAGAAAACAUACAAAUCUAGAAGCGGCUGCUUUGAGUCAAGACGCGCUAAGAAGUCCCAAGGCAUCGGAAAGGUGCAGACAUCUGGAAGCCCUCACUCGCAGGGGGAACCCCAGCUGCAGGCCCUGAGUCGCACCUGGUGACUGGCCUCCAGGAAGGACAUCUGGGAGCAGCCGGGAUCCAGUGGGAGCCGGCCGCCCCUCGGUCUCGGGGCUUGAAGUAAGGUUCAUGUCACCGCAGUGCUGGCUUUGUGCCUCAUAGGACCAGGCCCGUGUGACAGUGGCCAUGGCACCCAGGGCCCCACCCUUUGGGGGGCCACGAGAUCUACUCCAUCCUGCCCAAGGCAGACCAGAAGUGUCGGCGUGCUGACCUACACCAAAGGUCACUUCAGUACCGAUGCUGUGGUGGGGGUGCCCACGACAGUCAUCCUGCCCUCCGUGCGGCACGGAGGAAACCUAGGAAGAAAUCCUGGCUCUGGGUCCCUGCAAGGCCUUCGAGGCCUUGCCCCCCUCUCUGGACCCUGUCCCAGGCUGCAGGUGGUGGCUGACAUGAUGGGCCAGAUUUCAGGCCAGUUGAGUCCCAACAGAAAGUGACCCAGGGGACCAGGCUGGCUGGAGCCUGUGCCCCACCCCACCCAGGGGUCCCCCGUGUCUCUCAUGGACAUCCCCUGGCCUGUGGAGGUGCAGCAGGGGUGGGGGGCCGGAAAACGGUUACCCUAUAGGCACUCAGGGCCACAGUGCAGGGGAUGAGGGCCCCCAUCCCAUUCCAGCCUGCAGAGCCUCCCCUCACCAUGGCGCCACCUCCAGGAAGCCUGCAGCGGGAGUGGCCUUUCAUGUGGGCUCUGGGGCGGAGCCUCUGAG